AGCAUCAACAGAACGUGCAAUGAUGUUGAGCAUGAUCUUCAGCCGGCAACCUGUUUCUCAGUAUGUAGGUACACGGUGAGCCGUUGACUAGAAGCAGCAUGACUACGCACACUUCGAAGUUUUGGAAACCAGGAAGUGAGCCACCGGGGUCCACACUUUCUGAGGAAAGGGUGUCCAGCGAGGGUCAAGGGACGUCUGUGGUUUAUAACCCAUAUAGAAACCUUUCUCUAGAACAACAGAGACUGAAACUGCCAGUAUUCCAGCACAGGACCAAUAUUUUAUACCUUGUGGAGUCAUACCAGACAGUGAUAGUAGUGGGAGAGACGGGCAGUGGGAAAAGCACACAGAUUCCUCAGGUAGCUAACUUCAAUUAA